AUGGCGGCUGCCAAGGUGGUCGCCAACUUGCAGAUUCUUGGCUUGUGUUUGCUCCAUCUCUGCCUCGCCGCGUCCGCCGCCGCGUACUAUCCGGACAUGUUGCUGGAGACGUCGUUCAUCCCACGCGACUACGCCCGCUACGCCGACGAGCUGUCGCCGUUCGAUCCCGUCGGCGCCGGCGUGCUGGCUCGCGAUCUGUCCUUCGCCAAUGGCGACUGGGGCCAGGACGCCGGCCGCGCGCCGCUGAUGCCGUCGCAAGGUGGCGACUCGCCGUUCCUCCGCCUCGCGACCUUCGCCGUCACGCACAUCGACACCGACGCGUUGCGGCGGCGGCGGCCCGCGAUGUCCGCCGUCAACGUCAGCGGGGUGCUCAGCUUCACAAUCACCCGCAACUGCUGCUGCUCGUCGGAGUAUGCGGUGCCGCACCGGCAAGUGUCGCCGGAGUUCAAGCUCCUUCCCGGCGCUUCGAGGCUCACUAUACUGUUCGAGGGCGUGUACACCGAGACGAGGUCGCCGGGUAACGACGACGACAUCGGCGGCGGCGAGAGGGUGCUGUGCAUGGUCGGGAACGGUGUUCUCCCCAUGCGCGGCGGCGACAGCGCGGACCCGUGGGCCUGGGCGAGGAAUGCCGGCGACGGCAGCUUCGAACCGCCGGUCAUGGCCGACGGCAACAUGGUGCUCAUGCUACGGUACCCGAAGGUGCACACGUUAACGACCCGAGCGGUGCGUGGCGAGCUGACGAGCACGAGCGCCGCCUCGCACAAUGCUUACUUCGACGCAGUCCGGCUGGUGUCGCGGAUUGGCCAGUACUCCAGCUACCUGUUCCGGCCAGAACACGGCGAGCUCGCGGCCAACGGGUGCAGCACCAGCACGACGCGUCCCUUCGUCUGUGACGACGGCGUCGAGGGCAACUGCGCCGGCGACCUGCACGGAGGCGCCUCGUUCUGUGACAUCCUCACCGAGUUAUCUCCCGGUGACCAUGGCGUGCUCGCCGUCGUCCCAAACUGGAACUGCAACUCCACCGACGAGUUCUGCAGCCAGCUAGGGCCGUUCCAGACUGGCGGCGGAGCCACGAACACGACGGACAGGAUGCUCACCGGCUUCGCCAUCGCGAUGCAGGACCUCCGGUGCGAGCCGCACGGCGGCGAGAAGCCGGCCGCGAGGGUGUCGGCCGUGUUCCGUGCCGUGUCGCCGUGGGAGGACCAGCAGCUGGCGGUGAGGCGGACCGGUCUGGGCGGCGCGACGCUGUCGGCGGAGGGCGUGUGGAGGGCGUCGACGGGGCAGCUCUGCAUGACGGGGUGCCUCGGCGUCAUCGACGCCGCCGCCGUCGGCGACGAGGCGUGCCACUACCGCGUCUCGCUCCACGUCCCGACGACGUUCUCGAUCCGCCGCCGCAGCAUCAUCGUGGGACAGAUCACCGCCGGCGACGGCAGCCACUUCCCGCUCUCGUUCCACCAGAGCGUGCCUCCCAAACAUCCAUGGAACCGGUUCGGCCGCUCCGAGGCGUCGCUGCGCGUGGCGUACGACUACACGAAGGUCGAGAACGCCGGCGAGCUCCUCCGGAGGAGCGAGCCGUCCGGAUUCCGGAGCAGCUCCAUUGCAAAAGCACUAGUAAGCUAUCCAAGGAAAGCCGGCGCCGCCGCCGCCGCCGCCGAUGAGAUGAUGAGUCUCUCCGACCUCGCCGACGACCUGAGCCUCCACUUCCAACCCGGUCCAAGGCUGCCGUUCUUGCCGGAGCAGAAAGUGUGGCCGCAAUGGCCGGCGUUACACCUCGAUAUGCUCUCUGUCGGGCCGCUCGUCGGAAGCUACUCGCCGCCGUUGCGGACAUUGCCUAGUACGACGGUGGCACGGGCUGAGAUUGACGGCGGCGUGGAGCAACAGCAGCAUCAGCUUCUGAACGUGUCCGCCGUGUUGAGCUUGUCCGGGAAGAUGUUCGGCUGGAGUCCGGUGAUGUCGCUGGAGGGCGUGUACAACCAGGAGGACGGCCGAAUGUACCUGAUCGGCUGCCGGAACGGUGGAGUACCGCCGAAGACGACGCGGUGGCUGUUCAGCCCGACGGCGACGGCGUGCAUCUCCAGCACGAGGGACGCCGGCGACCCGCUGCAUUUCAACACGACCGAGCUGCGCACGACGCCGAUCUCUUACCGCGGCGGGCGCCGCGACGCGCCGCCGGACACACUCACGGAGCAGACCAUCGAGGGGCUCGUCUGCAUCGCCAUGCUGUCGGGCACCAUCGCCGCCGCCGUCGGCCAGCUGCGCUACAUCGCGUCCCACCCGGACGUCGCGCCGUACGUCUCCCUCGUCGCGCUCGGCGUCCAGGCCGUCGGCUACACCGCGACGCUGGUCACCGACGCCAAGAUGCUCCCGGCGUGGCCGACGUACAACUACCGGAUGUACGUCGGCCACCUCCACUGGAACAUGGACUCCACCGUGAAGGCCCUCACCCUCGCCGCGCUCCUCCUCACGCUGCGCCUCGCGCAGAAGGUGCGGCGGUCGAGGGCCCGGGCGCGCGCGCGGUCGCCGGCCGAGCCGGGGCGCGUCCCGAGCGACGGCGCCGUGCUCCUGCGCAGCUCCGGCGUCUACCUUGCCGGCCUCGUCUUCGUCCUCGCCGUCCAUGCCGUGGCCACGCACACCAGCUCGACGUCGAAGCAGGAGGUGUUCUUCGUUGAACAGAAGGCGGCAGCGGCGUCGCACGCGCCGCCGUCGUGCAUGCGCACGAGGGGCGCCGUCGUGGAGCGCUACGUCGGCCUCGUGAAGGAGUGGUUCCUGCUGCCGCAGGUGAUCGGCAACGCCGUGUGGCGCGUCAACUGCAAGCCCCUCAGGAACGCGUACUACGGCGGCGUCACCGCCGUGUGGAUGCUGCCACACGUCUACCGCUAUCUCCGGCCGCCGGAGGUGUACAUCUACCGGCCCGAGGUGCAGGACGACGCCAUGGCCUUCUACGAGAAGGCCACCGACGUGGUGGUGCCGGUCGUUGCUGUGGCGCUCGCCUUGUUGAUCUACGUGCAGCAACGCUGGAACUACAAGAUUGUUGGUAUCACCUGA